AUGGAGCUGCUGCGGGUGCUGCUGGCGCUGGCUGGGAUGGGCGCAGCCACAGGCCUGGGUGACUCCCCCGCUCCUGCUGUGUUGGUAUUGGUGUUGUGGACCCCAGCACAGAGGCAGGCUGGGCUCAGGCGCUCGCUGAGUGGUGCAGAGCACAGGGUAUGCCACUCACCGCCUGUCCCCCCAGCCCUGCUGCCCUACAUGCCCCGCGUGCCCCCCACGGCGCUGCCAGGGAAGCUCACCGCCUCCACCUUUGCACUGGAGAGGCCCUGCUGCAUCUUUGACCAGCAUGCGAAUGCCUCUGACACCGUCUGGCUGGUGGUGGCUUUCGCCAACGCCUCGGCUGCCUUCAGGAACCCCCCCUCCCGGGCUGACGUGCCCCUGUACAAGAGGCUGCCCACCACCCACUUCUACAUGACGCUGGAGGCGGCAGCAGCCACGUAUGCCUGCUCAGCACCGAGCCCGGCCAUCCUGCGGGUCGGCAGUGACACGGCAUGUGGGGACCAGGGCGGCUGUGGCCCCUGCAAUGGGCCCCUGCCCUCCCCGGGGCCCUACAGGGUGAAGUUCCUGGUGAUGGGCUGCCAUGGCCCCAAAGCGGAGACGAGGUGGUCCGACCCCAUCCUCCUGCGGAGAGGUACUGGUGGCGCUGCUGUCCCCGCACGAGUCCCUCACACCUGCCCAGUUGGGGUGCUGGCAUGCGCCAGCAGUCCGAGCACCAUCGACCCCGCGCCCACGCGCCGUGGCAGCGACGUGGUCGUGAUCGCCUCCAUCCUCGCCAGCCUGGGGGCUGCGCUGGCUGUGGCAGUGCUCAGCGCCAUGGGUGCCAAGGCAUGGGGACUCCUGUGCCACCAGGAUUCAGGGACCGGCGCCUUCACCCGCAGGUCCUACAGGACUCACCACAUCCCCCCAGCGCUGCCCCAGCCCCUGCCCCCCGGCUGCAGGAUGAUGUCUGCCCUCCGCUUGCUGCCCCGCUCACGCACCAGCUUGGUGCUCUGUUCACCAGGCCCCCUGCCAUCGGAUGCCCAGGGCUGGAGCUGCUGA